CCUAUUAUAAAGUCAUUGCUACGGUGGAUGAUAUAACCUCCAAACUUACAAAUAAUACGCAAAUGGGAUUACUUACGUUGGGUUAUUUCUUUUUAUAAAGGAUUUAAAUAAUUCUUCAGCAAGCAGUUUGAAGAAUUCUCAAUAAAAUAAUGGCAGGUAUAACUUCGGCAAGUCGCCGAUUAUUGUCUGCUUGCUUAUCUGUCCAAAACAAGACUCUGCAGUUUGUGAGAUGGUCUAGCUAUAAAUCAUCACCUUUCCUGGAAGACGUUGAAGUGAACACAAAAUAUGAAGUUACUAAGGAUCCGCAUGACUGGCAAUAUGUGCAAAGAGCUUUGCCAGUGCAUAUAGUACCAGAACCGUUGAAGAAAGAAGUAUAUCCUUCAGGCUGGAAACCACAGGGAGAAGAAAUGAAAAGUAAACCAUACUUUGUUGAAAGAACGAGAAACCACAUGAUUCCUGUUUAUUUGAAACUGGGACAGAGAGGAAUAAGAAAGCAUACAAUUAUCAAAAAUAUUCAAGGCAAUAUAUUUCAAUUAGAAAAUGACCUUUUAAAAUUCCUCCAUAAAGAUACCUUUAAACCAGUUCGAAGUCAUGUUAAUGAAUUUGCUGGAUUCAUAAGAAUGAAUGGAGAUUAUGUAAAUGCAGUAAAGUAUUGGUUAGAGCAACACCAGUUUUGAUUAGUUUUAGUAAAUUUUUGUUGAAUA